AUGCAGUAUACACCUUUUGCCUCAGAUAUAGAGCUACCCUUUUACACCGCAUUAGCAUCCUUGAAGAUUAAUCAUGACAAGCUCGAUGAUUCUGCCCGCAAAUUAAUGGGCCUCUAUGAGAUCCGUCCCACGGAUCCGCCUAGCACCUCGUGUCGGAUGCAGAUACAUGGAAACGCUCUAACUAGUGACGAGACACCAGCAGGUUUCUACAGAGCGGAGGGAAUGAUUAGGAAUGUCAAUACUAUUGAAGAAUACCGAGAUACAGACAAAACACUUACGCUUCACCGAUCUGGUAAAAUGAUAUGGGAUGCGAUAAAAGAUGGCACUAUCUAUUCCUGUCCGUCCCUCUUGUCUUCCUUUGUCGUACUUUCCUAUGCAGACUUGAAGAGAUACAAAUUCUAUUAUUGGUUUGCAUUUCCCGCACUUCAUUCGGACCCUUCCUGGGCCCCGCUAGAGGGACCCAAUGAUACUGUCAACUCAGAUCCUUCCGAAACGGGAUAUGUACCUUUCCGAUACUUGUCAAGUGUCGAAAGUUCGACGCUUGUGGACGCUGUACAUACCUGGAGCUACGGCGUCGACACGCGCCAACGAGGUUUUUUUCUAGCUCGAAGGAUCUCUACUAAUGGCGGUGAAACCUAUACUAUCAACAAUACUAAUCCUAUGUCAGAAAAUGAGAGGAUAACAGACGCCGGGAGUAUCUGUUGGCGGAUUGCUACUUUGUCGGAUUAUGAAAGUGGGUUUUUUGAUGGAGCUAACUUCGAAGACUGCUUUGUUUGCUUUGUUGAUCCCUCCAAUUACGAAAACGCUCCUGGUUGGAUGCUCAGGAAUUUGCUUGUACUUGUGAAACAUCGAUGGAGACUGGAUAAAAUCCAAGUCUUGAGAUACCGCGAUAUACAUCCGAAACGUGAGCAAGGCCGCAGCAUUGUGGUGACAUUAGCGGAGAAGAAUCAACACCUGUUAGAUUCUGUGAAAUUGAAGGCUUUGGAUAGUUUCAUACCCAAAGUGACUGGGUGGGAGCGUAAUCCUACAGGGAAAUUGACAGGAAGAUUGGUUGAUCUUACAGAAUACCUGGACCCUGAAAGAUUGGCAGAUCAGUCUGUAGAUCUCAACUUGAAACUUAUGAAAUGGCGAAUCAGCCCCAGCUUAGACCUCGAAAAGAUCAAGCAUACAAAAUGCCUCUUACUUGGCGCAGGUACACUGGGAAGCUAUGUUGCCCGAAAUUUGAUGGGCUGGGGGGUAACUAAAAUAACGUUUGUGGACAAUGGGUCGGUAUCGUUUUCGAAUCCAGUGAGGCAGCCGUUAUUCAGCUUUAGAGAUUGUCUGGAAGGGGGAGCUAAAAAAGCACAUCGGGCUUCUCAAGCUUUGUCGGAGAUUUAUCCAGGGGUCCAGUCCACUGGAUAUGCACUAUCUGUGCCGAUGGCUGGACACCCGGUAGUAGAUGCUGAGAAGACCCGAACCGAGUUUGAACUCCUUAAACGACUUAUAGAUGAGCAUGAUGUUAUCUUUCUAUUGAUGGAUACGAGAGAAUCUCGGUGGCUACCAACUGUUAUGGGUAAGGCAGCGGGGAAAAUUGUGAUGAACGCAGCACUAGGCUUUGACUCUUUCGUUGUUAUGCGUCAUGGCGUGAAGAUUGUGGAAGACUCAGCAGCAGAACUCGGUUGCUACUUCUGCAAUGAUAUUGUAGCUCCAAUGAAUUCUGUGAAAGACCAAACGCUGGAUCAACAGUGCACUGUGACUAGACCGGGCGUGGCCGCGAUAGCCUCCGCACUGUUAGUUGAGCUUCUAGUUUCCAUUCUUCAACAUCCACUUGGUGCAGCGGCUCCGGCUCCGGCUCCGGCCUCAAGAAGUGAUGAUCGAGGAAGUCAUCCCUUAGGACUCGUGCCGCAUCAGAUCAGAGGUUUCCUUUCAACAUUUGAGAAUCUAUGCGUAGUGGGUAGGAGCUACAAAUGCUGCAGCGCUUGCUCAGAUAAGAUUGUCGACACGUACAAGGAGAAAGGCUGGGAUUUCGUGCACAAAGCUUUGAAUGAGUCUGGAUACGUGGAAGACCUAAGUGGUCUCAAGGAGGUUCAAUCAACCGCCGAAGCCUCAGCUGCCGACAUUGAGUGGGAUGACUUUUCUGGAACCGAGGAUGAGAUAGAAGCUAUCUAG